GAUCAGUUGCACAGGUAGAGAGAGAGAGAGAGAGAGAGAGAGAGAAUGGGACGAUUCUUCCUGGCGGAGAUGCUUUGGUCCUUCGGGGUGAUGAUCGGAUGCAGUCUUGUGCUUCACUGGUGCAACGUACUGUGGCUGAAUCACAGGAAGCUGAGAAGGAAGCUCUCGGCACAAGGCGUGACCGGACCGCCACCGCACUUUUUCCAUGGCAAUGUCGCCGAGAUGCGAAGCAUCACGACCCAAUGCAAGCCAGAACUGCUCCCUCAAGGCCAAAUCUCCGACGACUGGGCUUGCUCCAUCUUCCCGUUUCACCACCACUGGGCUGGCCGCUAUGGCUCGCUGUAUAUGUACUCAACGAGGCAGAAGCUGAAUUUGUACGUGAGUAGGCCGGAUUUAAUUAAGUUUCUGAACUUACAUAAGCCUUUGGAUUUGGAUAAGCCCUCGACCAUAGCAAAGACGCCGAGUCCUUUAUUCGGCAAGGGCAUUCUGAGGGCCGCCGGACAAAACUGGGCUUUUCAGAGAAAACUAAUUGCUCCCCAAUUCUUCCUCGACAAAGUUAAGGGAAUGAUGGAUUUGAUGGUGGAUUCGACCGUGGCAAUGAUCGAGAAAUGGGAAAGUAUGAUUUUACAGAGCGAUGGGACAGUGGCCGACAUGUAUAUAACUGAAGACUUGAAUAGUCUGUCCGCCAAUGUCAUCGCAAGGGCAUGUUUCGGCAGUUCUUACUCGGAAGGUAAGCAGAUUUUCGCUAAACUGAGGGCCCUUCAGCACGCCUUAGCAAAACCUGAUCGGUUGUUCGGGAUCCACAAUCGUGGAUUUCUUCCUUCCAAGGCGAACAGAGACUUAUGGCGGAUAAGAGAAGAGGUCGACUCGCUGAUAUUGAAGAUGGUUAGAGCUCGCCAGGAAGAAAACCGGAAGGCUCUAAAGCCUGAGAAGGACCUGUUGCAAAAGAUCCUUGAGAGUGCUGAUGUCGACGGCGCCAUGAAUGAGAAAGCGCGCGAUAGUUUUAUCGUGGACAGUUGCAAGAAUAUCUACUUUGCAGGUCAUGAGACGAUAGCUACGACCAUCUCCUGGAGUUUGAUGCUGCUCGCAGUGCACCCGGAGUGGCAGGACCGCAUCCGUGCCGAGAUCUUGGAAUUCUACGGAGAUCAACUUUAUCAUCACGGUUCCCUAGACUUUGAGACGCUUCGGAAGCUUAAAGUCCUGACCAUGGUGAUUCAAGAGACACUGCGCCUCUAUUGCCCCGGGAUCAUACUGGUGAAAGAAGCCACGACAGAUAUCAAGCUGGGAGAGAUUGUUGUGCCCAAAGGCGUCAUCCUCUGGACAUCGAUCCCCGCGCUGCACCGGGACCCUGAGAACUGGGGUCCGGACGCCCACGAGUUCAAGCCAGAGAGGUUCAAGGACGGGGUGUCCGAGGCUUGCAAGCAUCCUCAGGGGUACAUACCGUUCGGGUACGGAAGCAGGUUGUGCCUGGGACAGACUUUCGCGAUGCUGGAGAUGAAGAUCGUUCUCGCCCUCAUCCUGUCCCGGUUCUCGUUCUCACUGUCUCCCGAAUAUCGACACUCCCCGGUUUUCAGGAUGGUGUUGAUGCCGGAGCACGGGAUGAGACUCGUCGUGAGGAAAAUCUAAAUGGGUCAUGGAUUCAGGUUGUCCCCAAAUGCUGGAGCCGAGGAUGUAAAUAGUGGAUAAGCACCGUUCUUCUCAGAAAUUUUCUGAUGCUUCACAGUUCCUAGGACCGAGUUGGAUUUGGCAUCGAAUUACUUUGCAUUUAGAUCUCUGUGGCAUGCGGACAACUCAAGAGCCUUAAUUAUAAGAUGACGGAAUUAAUAUGUUGAAUGACGAGAAAAAUGGGUGGUUUGUGUUGGAAAAUUGCUUUGAAAUUGAGUAGCACAAUGAAGUCA